GACCCUCUCUUUCCUCAAAUUUUCUUUCAAUCUUUGUUUCUCGUUGAGAUUCUUUUUUUCUCCCCUCUCGGUUUCCAUAAAAAUAUCUUGGCUUGUUUCGAUCAGAUCUUAAAUCACUAACAGAAAAGAAAAACCCUAAAUCUCUGAUAAUGUCUGGCGCUGAAGGAGCUAGUGUUGUCGUUCCUAGAAACUUCAGGUUGCUGGAGGAACUUGAACGUGGAGAGAAGGGUAUUGGAGAUGGCACGGUUAGUUACGGAAUGGAUGACGGAGAUGACAUUUACAUGCGUUCUUGGACGGGUACCAUAAUUGGUCCUCAUAAUUCUGUGCAUGAGGGACGCAUUUAUCAGUUGAAGCUAUUCUGCGACAAAGAUUAUCCAGAAAAACCUCCAACUGUACGUUUCCAUUCACGGAUCAACAUGACCUGUGUGAAUCAUGAGACUGGAGUGGUAGAACCAAAGAAGUUCGCUAUGCUGUCAAAUUGGCAGCGACAUUACACAAUGGAGACCAUACUGACACAACUGAAGAAGGAGAUGUCAGCCCCAGGCAACCGGAAAUUGGUCCAGCCUCCUGAAGGUACUUGCUUUUAGUUGAAGAAAAGAAGAUUAGAUGGGAGAGGAUGAACUAAUCAUUUGCAUAUGAUGUUAAUACCGUUUGUAAUACUUCUUAUUAAAGUUUAAAGGCGCUUAAGACACCUUUACGGGUUUCAAACGUUUCCCUGUUUCUCUAAUUGCAUGCCUUAUCUGUUUCCUCAACAUGUUUGACAACUGUGUUUGAAGUAUGCUGUUUGGGCAAUGGGAUUGUUUCUGUCAAUAUACUUUUAGCUAGAUUAUCAAUUUUGAUUAUUUUCCAA